AUGAAAGCUCACGGUAAGUGUUCACAGGUUAUAUCUUCUCCCUCUCCUCUUUCACGUGGUGCUGGUGUUGGGUCGCCGAGAGCCGUUUCCUCUCCUAGCGGCCUCAAGGGAGGAAGCGCGACCGAAAGGGCUGCUCCGCCGUCUGUCGGCAAGCAGGUGACAUCAACGGACGAUGAAGGCGCGUCUGCAAGUGCUGCAGCUCUGCCGCCAACGAGUGGCUUGGAGCUUGAGCCUGGGACGACGAGUAGCGAGCUUGCUGGGUCUCAAGAUGUGGUCAUGAUCACGCCGCAGCAAGAAUCUUCGCUUACAGAUGGACCAUCYGUGAGCAUCGUUAACAAGCGUGUUUCGAGUCCGAAGGCGAAUUCGACUGAUGAAAAGCUGUUGGGCGUGGAAGCAAUCAACGACGCUCCCUCACAUCAGCGGACGGCAGGCGGCGAGCUACAUGCUCCGGAUUCUUUGCUUCAAGAUGUCAAAGAGAAGACUGUUGAAAUUGCUGAGCCUGACAAUCAAGAUCUGCCUCCUCGCGAUGACUCAAAGGGCGACUUUCCAGCUUCAUCGAAGGCUCAAGAAGACAUAGGCCCAAGAUCUUCUCUCAAACGGAACAGCACGAGUCCUGAGCCAACAGUUGGCCCUAGCAUCACCGUAUCCUCUCYGGCGGAAACGUCUUCUGAACGACGCUCCUCAGCCUACGCAGUCACAGGCGCCGUGWCCUUACCCCAAAACCCUGUACUUGAAACCCCGAUCUCCGCUAUCCGGCCCGGCUUCUCUCGUCACACCUCAUCAAAGUCAGCAUCUCCGUUUCGCAGCAGCUCUCCAUUGCGUCGCGACGAUGCCCAAACUCCAGGCUCGGAGCAUAAAAGUCGUCCCUUGAGUAUGGUCUGGGGCGACUGGCUCCGUGACAAAACACGAACCGUAUCCCGAAGUGGCAAAGGUAGCCGUCCCGGGAGUUUGGUUGUGGAAAAAGGUGAUAGCACCGUAUCAACUCCAAUGAAGAAAGAUGGCAAAAAAGAUGGCAAGGGAGACUUGGACGACGUGGCCGUGGACUCAUCGGCUAUUAGCGCUCCGGUUACCAUGCCUUCGCGAACUGAGACAUGGAAUUCUCCCGACGCCGUCAUACCGCCACGGACGCCGGAGACUAGAGAACUGAUGUUGGAGAGAUUGGGAGUUCUCCCUAGUCCUGUGCCUACUUCCUCGGAAUUUCCAAGUCCCGGAUCCAGAAGACGGAGACGAAGUAGCGCUGCGAGGGUUAACUCUCUAACUGGGGAAGGGGCGGGACUGGACAUUGACACUGUCGCUUCGCAAAAUGUUAGAGGCAGUCCGGCGCCAGGUAGAGGAAGUCCUGUGCGUUCGACGAUACCAGGAGUAAAGGGAGUCAGCGAGGCGGAACAGGUGACUGGAAUGCGACCUCGACAGCAGAGGAGAGUCAGCGAUCUGGRGAUGCUGCCUAGUGAGCAGAAGAGGUUAAGUCUGGGGCUAGGACUUCCUCGGCCUGAUAGCAUGAUUCUUCUGCAGAGUCAGAUUGACCUUCUCGCAGGUGGCGCGCAGGAUUCUGAGCUUGAGAGCGAUGCAAACGGCGUCAAUGCAAGACACAUGGCCAACAACAUUGUCUCGGUAGCCGCGCAUCUACCCACGGCGAAGAAGUCCCGACCCGGAGGCUGGGAUGACGCGCGUAGCGAGGUAUCAGCGGAAGAGGGCGCUCUCGACGAGGACCCUCACGUUAGCACACAUGCGGGCACAUCGAGGCAUUCUUCCGUCUCAAGCCUUGGUGCUCAUCAGUCCGCUUCAAUGUUGCAGGGUACUACGGACAAGUCAGCAAUGCCUGCUCAAACCGCUUCACUUUUACCGAAUCCUGCAGGUACACUCUCCACGCAAGCUGCUCCUGGAGACAUGUCAUCUGCCUCGCAACAGUUAACCCAGAGACCCGGCAUGACUGAUCGUGCCAUGUCUUACAUGCCUCUCCCUAGAGAUGAGUCUGGCGUUCCCAUCUCGGAAUCUAUUACGACAUCCUCAUCGCAGCAAGUUGACGCGGCUUCUUCGACCCAGCAGGUCGACACGGCCGCUCCUCCGCGCCCAAUUGAAACGGCAGCCUCUUUGCAACCGACGACCACACUAAGUUCCGAUGAGCGGUCACCGGUAGCAGCCGAUCUGAGCGCCUUGGGUGGGCCGCCGCCUGGAACAAGGCCCUUCCAACAGCAUCCAGUGUUCCGGAACAGUGUGGUCGCACCUGAGCCACCCACUGGUCUCUCAGAAGAUGCAACAGAGACUCCCAGCAUUACUGCGGAUACCGGUAUCUCGAAUCCGAAAAGGAGAUCCGGUUUCUUCGGUAAACCUCAGAACAGAGAGCCUGCGGCUCUUAAAAUUGCACCACCGCCCAGCAGAAUCACAGAUCAACAUGGCCUGGAAGAUCUCCAAGCCUCCGAGGAUGAAGUGAUAGUAAAUAUGCAGCCGCGUCCUCGAGAACAAGACAAGCAGAAUCGCCGUCGCUCAGGUCUUUGGGAUGUUUUGACCUCAAAGCGUGCUUCCAGUGGUGCAAACCUCGACAAUGGCACGGACUGCGCAGCAGGCCCUGACGAAACAAGUGUCAAAGCACGAGAAGAGAAUGCUAAGCGGAAGCUGCAGAAACCUCAGCGCGCUUCAACUUCGGCCAUAGAUUUGGAGCCAAAGAAAAAACGCUUCUCCGCCUUGGGCUCAAUAUUUAGUCGUUCCGAGCCUCCGCGCAAAGUUUCUCCCAAGACCAACAAGCUGACCAAGAUGGCUCCAUCGAGCAAUGAGCACGUUCGUCGGACGGACAGUCCCAGACAUGAUCUUCCAAGCAACAGUCACACCGUCUCUGGAAACGUUCAAAGUUAUGAUGAAUUCGAGGCGAGGCGGAAACGAGAUGCUCCUGCACAUCAGGAGACGGCGGCAAAUGCGCGUCCGGCUGUGGCCAAUGGAUCUCAGGGACGGUCAGCACAGGCGAAUGACACAACACCGAUGCCUCCAGAAGGGUGGUAUGGGCCUAGCGACAGGCAGCAACCCGCCCAGGAACCCACUUUGCCAGUCGUAGAUCCGCAGCCAGAGUUUCGCCGCUUGCACAGCCAGGGAAGGAUGGGGCCCAGGCCAUCUUCUCAGCUUCCUCAAGCUUUCCGCCCAGUUGAGGCAUCUUUUAAUGCUCCUGUGGCUCCAGUCGGUCCACCGCCAGAUCCUCACAUUUUACAAGAUUCGAGAACACCUGCACCGCAUACAACUGGUCAUGUUCGCAGGUUCUCGUUCGACCGUCAGAACUCGUAUGGAAGUGCUUACGCCUCUGAAUUCUCGGGCUUUUCAGGUCAGCAAGUCGCUGGCCAAAUGCAGCAGUCGCCAUCAUCCCAGAGCUCAUUCGGUCCGGACGCAUACUCUAUAUCGACGAUAGCGGGUCCCACUCCUGCCGAAAGGCAGAGAAUUCCUUCUAUUGGCUAUGAGACGGCUCGUUCCCCCGCGAAUGAGUACUCAGACCAGCAGACUCCGUGGGCUGUAACCAUUCCCCCUGGCGAAGGAAGCACCCGAACUUCUCGGGCUUCUUCGUGGGACAGGGCGCCGGACGGUAUGCAGUAUCCUGGACCGCCUUCAGGUGCACCAUAUCAUCGGCAAUCGCAACGCCAGCCUCGAACUGGAUACAACGGUCCAUAUUUCCCACCCAGUCAGAUUUCAGGAGCUACAUCACAGCCUUCUCCAUACGAAGGGGGCACACAUGCCCCACAGUACUCUUAUGAUCCGCCUCAGCAACAGUACAAUCAAGCUCCUCGAAUGCAGAGCCAGUACUCGCAUCCACAACAGCAACAACAGCAGCAACAGCAGCAACAGCAAAGCUAUCAACCGCAGCAACCCCGGCCGCAAAAUCGUUACUAUUCCCAGCACAUUUCCUCACAGCAAGUCCCUCCACAGUACGCGUACCAGAAUUCGGGACCACGACAGCAACACGAUCCACGAAUGCGUCACCAACGAAGAAGAUCUUCGGGGUAUAGCGGUAGGAGAGACGAUAUGACGGCGGGAGAGGAGGAUUUGAUUAUGAGAGGCGUGAGUUAUCCCGGUCAGGAGUGGCAGCCUCCUGGUCUGGGCAGGAGUGGGUGGGAUUGA